AUGGCACCUCCACAGCAGGGACACCAUCAUCGAUCCGUGCUGAAGCAGAAGCACAAGGCGUUCGGACGACGACAUGCAUCCAAAGGAGAGCUCAAAGCACGCGCGAAGGGCAGAACGGGAUCAGAAGCCGGGACUGGCACCACCACGCGUCCUGUGAAGCAAUCGCCCUUCUCUACUACUACUGGCAGUGGUGGCGCUAGGCCCGGUCAACAUGCAAAGGAUGUGAGAAAGAGGAGAGCAAAGGAUGUGGCGGAUAACAAGAGGCGGGCUCUGAUCGAAGCAAAGAGAAUGUUCAGCGGACCAAAAGGCGCUCCAAGGACUGUGGUCUUCGCUAGCUUGAGUCACGAUGUGGAUGCUUGGCAGUGCAUCAAGCAGCUUGAAGCUGUUGCGGGGGAGGAAGACGACCUGAAAGCCAUCGGAGAAAGCGCGCACAGCGCUCAGCGACGAAUGGUCGAGUACGAGUGAGUGGACCAGUGCGCAAGCGCAUGCUCGCACCCUCGAACCUCUCCGACUCUCAUCUGACGCUUUCCAUCUCACACCUUCCCCUCGCACACGCGCAGCGUGCCUCGGUUUCGGACGAAGCUUCAACUGCACGCUCCUGCUUACGGAGCUCUCUAUCCCUUGCUGGACUUGGCGCAAUGCGCAGAUUUUGUCAUCUUUGUGCUAUCACCCAGCACCUCCAUCGAUCCAGGUUCAUGGGGCGAGCUGGCUCUUCGCAUCAUGCAAGCGCAAGGCCUGCCCUCCGUUCUGGCGGCUGUGCCGACGCUCACAUCCGACGAGGUAUCCGCGCUCAAAGCUGGGCCUAGGAUGAGAGCCGUUCAGGCUGCAAGGAGCAGCUUGCUCAGCUUCGCGAGGUACUUUGCGCCUGGUUUGGACAAGAUUCACGCCCUGGACGAGAAGUCGGACAGAUCUUCGCUCAUCAGGACCUUGGCCACUUCUACACCACGAAGGGCAGCGUGGAGAGAAGCAAGGAGCUGGGGUAUCGUCGAGCAGGCAUCCUGGAUAGCAUCGACUUCUGAGGCGUCGCUUGAAUCGGAAGAGCAGCGGGGAAAUCUCAGUGUGGAGACGUGGGUCAGGGGUGCGCCACUUUCGGCGCAGAGGCUGGUGCACUUGCCAGACUUUGGCGACUUUGUGAUUCGAAGGAUCGAGAGUGCUCCUCAUGUCAAUGCAACGCACAAGCACGCUCCCAAGGCCCGCAAAGGCGGCGAUGUGGAGAUGACGGAUGCUGCAGAGGCAAAAGAAGAGACAGAGGUGCUCGACGACAGGGAAGAAGGCUAUGCGGACGAGCUCAUUUCAGAGAACGAACCAGACGACAUGGAAAACGAGCAGACUUGGCCCACUGCCGAGGAGAUGCAGCAUGCGGUGUCGUCUGCCGAUCUGGAGCAGAGUGCUACACCGAGUGUUAGAUUCGCUGAGGUGCCCGAUGCUCUUCCAGGAACUACUCCAAAGGCGAUCAUAAAGUCUGCCGUUCCAGGCAAGGGUACUCCACGCAGCAAGGAAGAGCGAGAGCGGAAACGGUUCCAGGCUGCUUGGAUCAUGGACGAUGACGACGACGAUGAUGAUGAUGAGGAAGACGACGACGAGGAAGGCAGUCUCGAUGAAGCGAUGAACGAUGUCGCAGCAAACCGAGGAGGUGCUGAGCCUGCUGAUCCCAGCGCUGACUUCGAUGGAGUGUCGGACGAGGAAGUCACAUCCGACAUGGACGACAUUGACAUGGCUUCAUUUGAAGCUUAUCAAGCAGCAAGAGCAGCUGAAAGGGAGCGACGAAAGGCAGAGGAUGAGGACUUGGAGUUUCCAGACGAAGUUGACACUCCUGUCCACAUCCCUGCAAGGCAGCGUUUUGCCAGAUAUAGAGGGCUCAAAUCGAUGAGAACGUCAGAGUGGGAUCCGUAUGAGGAUCUGCCAUCCGAAUAUGCCAGAAUCUUCCAAUUCGACUCUUUUAGAAAGACGAGGAGAAGAGUGGAAGGCGAGGCGCUGGAGGAGGGCGUUGCUAUGGGACAUAGAGUUCGAGUGGUCAUUGAGAACGUUCCGCUGCAAGCAGCCAUUCGAGCAGGAGCAGUCGUUGAUGGAAUGCUGAGCUGCGGAGAAGAUCAGUCGGCCAUGGUGCUUUUUGGUCUACUUAGACAUGAGCACAAGACAAGCGUGCUCAACUUUACGGUGUCGCGAAACACAGAGUAUGAAGAGCCGGUCAAGUCCAAAGUAAGUAAGCGACUGCGAGGCGAUGAGCGUCACAUGGACUGCAGGCUGACUCUGUCUCUCGCUCGCGCCUGCAGGAUCCACUCGUCCUGUGUCUUGGACCGCGGAGGAUGCGAGUGCAGCCCAUCUUUAGCCAGCAUAAUCCCGCAAACAAUGGUCAACGGGGCUCCAACAAUGUGCACAAGUUUGAGAGAUUCUUGCGUUCAGGUCCUGGGGCCACGUCCGUAGGCACCGUCUUCGGACCCAUCACGUUCGGCAGUGCCAACGUACCUGCGAUUUUGCUGAGGGAAAGGUCUGAGGAUGGCACUUUCGGGCACGAUCAGAGAGGCGUGGGCGCUCGACAGAUGCCUUGGCUCGUAGGCAGUGGAAAUCUGUUGGAUGCUGGACCUACCAGAAUCAACACGAAGCGCAUUUGCCUCACAGGCUCACCCUACAAAGUACACAGAAAGAGCAGCGUCAUCAAGUGGAUGUUCUUCAACGCCAGUGGGUACAUGUGAUCUCUGAAGGGGCUUGUUGCAAACACCUGACAGACUUGCUUCAUCUCGCAGACGACGUUCACUACUUCAAACCGCUCGAGCUUCACACCAAAUACGGAAAGACAGGUCAUAUCACCGAAAGUCUGGGCACACACGGUCUUUUUAAAGCUCACUUUUCUGGUCCCAUCAAUCAGAUGGGUGAGUGGCAUCUCUGCUGUCUCAGCACUGCGUGGCUUCUGCAAGCUGACACUGUCCGCUUCGUUUUCCCAUGUCACAGACACGAUUCUGCUCAAUUUGUACAAACGCGUGUAUCCAAAGUGGACUACAAGUCUAUUUAGGGAUGGAAGCGACGAGCUACCGCUGCGAGUCGCGCAGGAAUCGGCUGAAGGAAAAAAGACUGAAGCAGAGGGCUCGAUGAUAGAUGAUGCUGCGCCGGCUCGCCAGCUGUUCAUGGAGGUUUGAAGGUGCUGGAUGACUAAUGCAUGUAUCUUCAUCGUCUUUAGAGCGUGCCAUCUGAUGCUGUGUACGGCGUGCACUCUCCAGACUGAUCGCGUGCGACAUGAUGCUCCCAGCUGAAGAGGUGAUGAUGAAGAGCAGGGCAACCCCAAUCACGAAUCAGUAGCGAUGUUCCUGGGCGAGGAUUCUGCUGUUCGUCGUGCUUCGUAGCUAUCAAAGGCAUUCUGCCCACCCAGAUCUUCCUGCAUACGGGCAGGCGGCAGGGGCUUGCCGGUGUUGCGUACGUCAGCUGCAUGAAGCGCACGCACCACGCUACGCUUUCACGAUUGAGCAGCUGCCGAACGCGAUUGCAAAUCGACGUGCUCAUUCACGUUUGAUCUCUGCUUCCUCUCCUCGCUCAGGCGAAUGCUCAGCCUUUCCAUUCAGCUGGUCGAUCGGCAGUGCCGUCCAUACUCGACGAGAUCAAAAUGCCUUCAUCUUCCUCCGAAGCAUCGACUUCCGCCGAUCCGGACGCCGCUGGAGCAUCCGUGCCUCGAGUGGAGGGCGAGCGAGCAAACAAGAAGAUUCACCUGGUCGUAGCCAUUCACGGACUUUGGGGAGCUCCAGCAAACUUGAACUCUCUACUCAAACUACUCAAAGCAAGGCAUGCUGGCGAAUUCUCACCUCGAGAGGCGGACGCUCAAGCCGCCGAUGCCAAAGAAGGCAGCAAAAAGCCGACAUCCGGUCAUCCUUCUCCGGCGCUGUCCAGAUCCGCCUCUGCAACGACCACUUCCACAGAGGCAAACGAUACGGCAUCGGUCACGAGCGGUAGAAGGUGGUUAGAAGGUGCGAUCGCUGAAUCGCAAGCUCUGGCUCAGCAAGCGGGUGGCCAGAGACCUGCGAUGGUCAUUCUGAACACGGCGACGAGCGAAGGUGCGGGGACAUAUGAUGGAAUCGAUUGGAUUGCGGAACGCGUCAUCACCGAGGUGCGUGUUGGUGUGGUCAUUGGCGAGCGAACAGCUGGAUGCGUGCAUCGUAGGAGAAGUUUGUAGCUGUUGAAACUCUUGAUGGGCUACUGGUUCGCCGCCAAGGACGUAGGCGGAUGUUCGCUGCGCUGAUCCAUACUCGCUCCAUUUGCCAUCCCUGAUCAAGAUCAAACGCGAGAUCAAGCGUCUUGAAUCGAUUGGCUCAGAGGUCAGGCUGAUCAGCAUCGUGAGUCAUGGCAGACUUGCGCGAGGGAUUGCUCAAACAUCCAAGUUGACCCUUGCUACGACCUUUACACUUGGCCACAUUAGCUCGGCUACUCUCUCGGGGGCCUCACCGCGCGCUUCGUCGUCGGCCAAUUGGAAGCUUCCGGUUUCUUCACCGGGCCGAAAGCGGUAGGAGCCGUCAACUUUGCCACUUUUGCCACGCCGCAUCUAGGUAUCCCUCCUGCCGCAUCCUCCUUUGGUAGGCUGGCCAACUACAUUGGCGGUAGGUUGUUGGGACGUACUGGUCGGCAGCUAGUGAGUCGAUAAUGACUGCCGUGGCUCUGAGCUACCUCCCUGUGCUUGGCCUUGAAUGUCGUCUAAACGCAGCCUGCUCCGCGUUUCGAUGCUUCGACUAGUACAAUCUGGAUUCCGGCUGGGAAGAGGACGCAAUCGCGACUCCGCUUGUCAAGCAUUCCAGCAACGCACAAGCAAGAGGGGUGAUUGAAGCGCUCAGCGACCCCAGCAGCGCAUUCAUUCGAGGCUUGCAGAAGUUCCGCAAGAUCGACUUUUACGCAAACGCUGUCAAUGAUAUGACUGUGCCGAGCCGGUCUGGCUUGAUCGAGCCCUGGGAUGUGCUCGAUGAGUGGAACGGCGAGUGCGAGGUGUGAGUACGAUAAGGAGAGUUUACUACUCAGCAGUGCAUCUCGCUUACUCUGAGCAUCGACCUCGUAUGCGUCAGCUCACUCGAUGCGCAGUACCCGGUCCUCAUCACUGGCAUCAAGCCUCCCGCUGACGGCAAAAGGAAGAGCAGGCCUUGGUACCUGCGGCUUUUUCCCAAGACGUUUCCAAUCUUCCUCAACCCCAACAGGUAUCCGAUGCCUCGACCUCUCAACUACGUCAUCUUCAUCUUCCUUCCGGUCCUUUUUCCCACUUUUCUUUGCUUGGUGCUUUUCAGAUUUGCUCGAGAGAGCAGAAGGAGCUCUAAACGAGUCAAGAGGAUGCAGGAGAGAUGGAGGGAGGGCAAAGAACCGGACGAGGAUCCGCAGAAGAGCUGGGCGGAGUUGUUGGUGAGGAGAAAAGUCAGGGAAGCGGUGGAGGAAAAUGUCGGUGAAGACGCGGCGGACUCUUCUGCAACGACAAGCACGCAUUUCCUCGCACGAGCAAACUCAAACGGCACGAUCAAACAAUCAAAGCAGCUUCGGGGCGAGGCUGCGAAGCGUUACGAGCUCGACGCUCACCCUUCAACAUUCCAGGUGGCUUUACCAGAAGGCAACCGCAAGUCUCCCGCCCUGUCUGCUGCCCAGCUGAGGAUGUGCAAGACGCUCAACGAUCCCAAAGUGCUUCCCCUUCUGCGUAAACAUCGCAUCUACAUUGAUGGCGUGACAAACAGUGAGUCUUUCAGCACGCGCUCAGUCUCUGCAAGAGCCGCAAAUAAUCUUGGAAUUGAAUGCGCAAAUUCUGCCUCUUUUGCAGCGCAUGCCGUCAUCAUUUGGUGAGCGAGUAUUCUCAAGGGGGGCAUUUGCACAUAGACUGACCUUGAUGGAUUACGAUGUGCCCAACUCCACCGCAGCCGACUUCCUUCCAUCGCUCUGCAUAGACGCGGUCUGCCAACCUUGCAACACUUUGCCGACCACUUCGCGCUCGAUUGA